AGAGCCUGGGGCGUGUCAGCGCCGAAGGGGCAGGGCGGCAGCAGCCGGCUUCUAGGUAACUUGAGCGCCUGCGCAGAGGCUCCCCAGCGUCGCCGUAGGCUGGGUCUCUAGUGGGUCUUCGGCUCAGUAUUGGCUGCAGCGCCCGAGUAGGUCGCUUCGGCAGGGUUCCACGCCCGGCUCGACCAUGAGCCGGUGCGCCCAGGCGGCGGCAGUGGCGGCCAAGGUGCCAGCUGCCGGCGUGGGGAACGUAGGGCUGCGGCCGCCCAUGGUGCCCCGUCAGGCGUCCUUCUUCCCGCCGCCGGUGCCUAACCCCUUCGUGCAGCAGACGCAGAUCGGCUCCGCGAGGCGGGUCCAGAUUUUCCUUAUUGGGAUUAUCCUGCUUCCAAUUCGUGUCUUAUUGGUUGCUUUAAUUUUAUUACUUGCAUGGCCAUUUGCUGCAAUUUCAACAGUAUGCUGUCCUGAAAAGCCGACCCACCCAGUAACUGGUUGGAGGAGGAAAAUUACUCAAACAGCUUUGAAAUUUCUGGGUCGUGCUAUGUUCUUUUCAAUGGGAUUUAUAGUUUCUGUAAAAGGAAAGAUUGCAAGUCCUUUGGAAGCACCGGUUUUUGUUGCUGCCCCUCAUUCAACAUUCUUUGAUGGAAUUGCCUGUGUUGUAGCUGGGUUACCUUCUAUGGUAUCUCGAAAUGAGAAUGCACAAGUGCCUCUGAUUGGCAGAAUGUUACGGGCUGUGCAACCAGUUUUGGUGUCCCGUGUAGAUCCGGAUUCCCGAAAAAACACAAUAAAUGAAAUAAUAAAGCGAACAACAUCAGGAGGAGAAUGGCCCCAGAUACUAGUUUUCCCAGAAGGUACUUGUACUAAUCGUUCCUGUUUGAUUACUUUUAAACCAGGAGCCUUCAUUCCAGGAGUUCCAGUGCAGCCAGUCCUCCUCAGAUACCCAAACAAGCUGGAUACUGUGACCUGGACAUGGCAAGGAUAUACAUUUUUUCAGCUUUGUAUGCUUACUUUCUGCCAGCUCUUCACAAAGGUAGAAGUUGAGUUUAUGCCAGUUCAAGUACCAAAUGAUGAAGAAAAAAAUGAUCCUGUCCUUUUUGCUAAUAAAGUCCGGAAUGUAAUGGCAGAAGCUCUGGGAAUACCAGUAACAGAUCAUACCUACGAAGAUUGCAGAUUGAUGAUUUCAGCAGGACAGCUAACAUUGCCUAUGGAAGCUGGGCUGGUGGAAUUUACUAAAAUUAGCCGGAAAUUGAAAUUAGAUUGGGAUGGUGUUCGUAAGCAAUUGGAUGAAUAUGCAUCUAUCGCGAGUUCCUCAAAAGGAGGAAGAAUUGGAAUUGACGAAUUCGCCAAGUAUUUAAAGUUGCCUGUUUCAGAUGUCUUGAGACAACUUUUUGCACUCUUUGACAGGAACCAUGACGGCAGCAUCGACUUCCGAGAGUAUGUGAUUGGCCUGGCUGUCUUGUGCAACCCUGCCAACACGGAGGAGAUCAUCCAGGUGGCAUUUAAGCUCUUUGAUGUUGAUGAGGAUGGCUACAUAACAGAGGAAGAGUUCUCUACCAUUCUACAGGCUUCCCUUGGAGUGCCUGACCUUGAUGUUUCUGGUCUCUUCAAGGAAAUAGCCAAAGGGGACUCAAUUUCCUAUGAGGAAUUUAAAAGUUUUGCCUUAAGGCAUCCAGAAUAUGCUAAGAUAUUUACAACAUACCUAGACCUCCAGACGUGCCAUGUGUUUUCAUUACCAAAAGAAGUCCAGAUAACCCCCUCCAUUGCCAGUAAUAAAGUCAGCCCUGAAAAGCAUGAAGAGAGUGCCUCAGACAAAAAAGAUGAUUGAAAGCAGUAUUUCCAAUAAGGAAAACACAGUAGCUUUUGCUUGAAAUUAUAAAGGCACUUAUUGAUAAUACUUUUAAUGUGUUGGUAAUGAUGUUCAAAAUUGAAAGUUUUUUAAAUAAAAAUGAUAGAUUUUCUUACUAAAAAUGUUUUUAUUAACCUUACUUUUAUUGGAAAAAAUCAAGCAAUAUUUCUUUUUCUUUUAUGUUAUAUCGUACUUUACUGAUUCAUUUACUGGUGAUACAUAUGUUUUUAUGGAUUUUCUGGUUUAAUUUGCAUAUACAAAUGAAUGCAAUGGUCUUACUAUUGGUGAGGAUUGAGCAACCUCAUUUAAAGUUUUAAAAAUAUAAACACUUUUUAAUCUACUUUCCUCUAAAAAUCAAUAAUAUUCUAUUAUUUCUAAUCCUUUUCCAUUUGGGAAAUAAGAAUGAAGAAUCUGAGAAUUUUACAUCUAUAACUUUAAAGAUUCAUUUUCCAUUUAAAUUUCAGUGUCUUGGAUCACUGAAUAUGGGAAGGGAGAGCUUCACUAAUUAGAUGCAACUUCUUAAGAACUUAUAUUCUCUUUAACAUACAUCUCUAUUGUAGUUUUUUUCUCUUUUGUUUUUUGAGGUGGAGUCUUACUCUGUCACUUAGGCUGGAGUGCAGUGGUGCGAUCUUGGCUCACUGCAACCUCCACCUCCCCGGUUCAAAUGAUUCUCAUGCCUCAGACUCCCGAGUACCUGGGAUUACAGGUGCCCACCUCCACACCCACUAAUUUUUGUAUUUUUAGUAGAGAUGUGGUUUUGCCAUGUUGGCCAGGCUGGUUUCGAACUCCUGACCUCAGGUGAUCCACCCAUCUCAGCCUCCCAAAGUGCUGGGAUCACAGGCGUGAGUCACCGUGCCCGGCCUGUUGUAGAUUUUCUUAACUACUUGCUAAGGAAAUCAUAUCCUUUUACAUGAACUACAGGUUUAGAACUUGGUUUUAAGACAACUGCUAUGGCCAGAGGGUAAAUGGGAAUUGCCUUAUUGAAGGUAACGUUGAUUGGCUAAUGAGAAAAUGAAUUGUUUGCCACAGAGUUGAAUUUAAUUUGAGUUAGAUAGUUCAGAAUGUAGCACUUGCCCUAUAAAUGAAUCAGAUUUGUUCUAUUUAUAUAAUAUUAGAAUUAAUAUAUUAUCGUCCACGUGGGAAUUUUAUUUUGUUAAGUAGACUCUCAAAUUUUAGAGCUUAUGUGAAGUAUCUCCACAGAAAACACAAAAGGUUUCAAAGUAUCACCCAAAGCUAGGGAAUCAAAAAACCUACUUUAUUAAUGCAAGACCACAAUUUAAGACCCAGGCAGGAAUCCAACAGCAACAUUUUUCCUUUAGGUUAAGCAAUAAUUUUUCUGAAUUGCCAUUUUUAAUGGGUCUCAUACAUGCAUAUUGCUAAUAUCAUCCACGUUUGAGAUUUUCAACAAAGAACCAAUUUAUUAAUAUAAUGUACAAAAAUAGUUGGCUCAUUUUCUGAAUUCAGUCUUUGAAAUAAAACUACUUGUUUUGGCUGUGUUUCUGAAUGUACUGGUGAUUCAUCCCCAAGCUAAUUUUUUAAAGUCAUUUUUGAAGUUGGGAAGUCUCAUGAGAGAUGUUGAAGUAGGUGUUUAAUCAAGAGUCAUGAUUUCAAACUAGUUUUACAUAUUAAGCAGUUAGUGUUCUAAUUUAAUGGGUAAAUGUGUGUUUGGAUAAUUAAAUACCUGAAAAUUUUAUCCUUAGGUAUAUGUAAUUAUUUGCCUCUUAUAUGUCUUAAAGCUAUUUAAACAAGGUGUUCAGUGAGCCAAAACAAUUGUUAAAGUAAUUAGAACAGUAAGUCUUUAUCAUAGUGUCUGUCAUAUGCAAUGAAUGUAUGUAAUACUAAAAAUCAUGACUUUUAUCAAAUAAAAACCACACAUUAAUCCUAUUAAUCAUGAAAGCAUAGCACUGUAAGUUAAAGGUUUUCUAUGAGGCUCUUGAAAGUGAUCCCAUUGCUUUCCUGUUUUAGAAUAAUAUUUUAUGCUCUUUAUUUCCAUUUCUGUGAAUGUGAUAUUUCUAUUUUGUGAUUAUGUUACUAAAUAAACAAACUUGCUACAUAAAAUUCUUAGCAAUUAAAAAAAUUCUGAUUCUGCCAUUUUGUCUUGAAUGUAAUAUACCUUUAUAGUAUGUUUACAUAUUUAUGAAUAUGAUUAAUCAUUUUUGUUUGCAUUAAGCUUUAUGAAAUGUCA